GCAUUCACACCUUACGACCGUUCUUUGACAGAGAAAACUAUCCAUGAUGAGGAGACAAGCAAUGCUGACAUCGUGGAGUCCAUGGCCGAGUUCAAGAACAAGCUAGAGAUGCAAUAUGCGGCUAAACGUGACGCAAACAUCAGCGAAGUGGCCGAUCUCAAGCAGCAGCUGGAGUUGAAGUCGAACGAGAUUCGCACUCUCAAUGCAUCUAUUGACAGUCUGAAGAGCGUCAACGAAGAGCUCAAGCGUGCGUUCGCAGUGACUUCUGCGGGUAUUGAGGGAGGGAAGAAUCUUGCUGAGAGCGCGCAAGACCUCGAGCGAACUCGUAAAGCAAUUAACGUGCAGUUGGCAGAAUUCGAUGGGGUCAAGAAAUCCCUCGUACGAGAUCUGCAGAACCGUUGCGAGAAGGUCGUUGAGCUUGAGAUCCAAUUGGAUGAGAUCAAGGAACAGUACAACAACGUCAUUCGGAACAGUAAUAGCAAAGCGCAGCAGAAGAAGAUGGCAUUCCUGGAGCGGAACUUGGAGCAAUUAACGUUAGUUCAGAAACAGCUCGUUGAUCAGAACUCGGCGUUGAAAAAGGAGGCCGGAAUUGCUGAAAGAAAAUUGCUUGCGCGAAAUGAGCGGAUACAGAAUUUGGAAACUCUCCUGCAGGACGCUGACCGUCGGCUAGCUAUCCAAAACCAGAAGUUUGAAACACAGCUCCAAUCAGUUAAAGAGCGACUGGAGCAGGCGCGGGCCCAAAAGACCUCGAGUCCAAUAAACUUCGGGCGUAUUGCCAAGCCACUGCGGGGUGGCGGGGGUUCUGCGGCAACGCCUGGACCCACUACUACACCUGCACAAGUUUCAGGUGGUGGGACGCCAGGAAAUGCUUUAACUCGCAUCCAGAACGAAGACGGAAGCGGAGCAAAGCGUGCGUCAUGGUUCUUCAACCCUCGGGGGAGUUAGACGCCUUGGAUUGAUUGCUUUUGAUACCUGGACUGUUUGGUAUCUUUUUUUUACAUUGCAUCUAUCAUCUUAUCGUUUUUAAUAAUGCAUUCUCUGUCGGACUGACUUAAAGUUGUAAGUGAAUAACCAAGAUAAGGC